AUGGUUGUAUUUGUUGAUAACAAAUCCUGGCAUUUUGUGCAUCGUGAAAGAUCAAGAAUUGGAUGGGGAAUUAAAACUAAAGUUAAAAGAAUUACUCUUUCCCAACUUCCCUUUUUCUCUUUUAAAUCAAAAGUAACAAAAAUAAUGAGAGAAGAAUUAAAUAAUUGGAAAAAUGAAUGGAACCCUUCUAUGCGUUCACAUCCAGAAGCUACACAUCCUGAAUAUUCUCUUUUGGUAAAUUCAAAAACAUUUUUUCUUGUCGAAGCAGCUGCUGAGAAUCCUUUUGGAACAGAAUUUUUUGUUUGGUUGGAUGCUGGUUAUGGGCAUGGUGAUCGUUCAAUUUUCCCGUCGGGAUGGAAGUGGCAGCCAAAAUUUGAGAAAGGAAUUAUUUCUUUAAUUAAAUUAACACCUCCAACAGACUUAAUUAAUCAUUACAAUUUACAAUCUCUAUAUAGAGAUAUUUCUGUAAUAAGUGGUGGUUUUUUAGCUGGGGAUAGAAAUUCAAUUAUUCGUCUACACCAACUUUAUUAUAAAAAAUUUAUUAAUUUAAUUGAAAAACAAAAAGUUGAUGAUGAUCAAGUAAAAUAUAAAAUAAUUUUUUAUUUUAAUUUUUAG